GUCAUCGUCGUCAUCGCCGUUGCCGUCGCCGCCGUCGCCGUCAGUGUCCGAUUUACUUCCGGCCGACCCGACGGGCCACCGCGCAACACAAACACACACACGCACACACGCACACGCACACACGCGCACCUAUACGCAAGCACAGAUUCGCGCGAAGAAAUCGAGUACCAUUACACUGUAGUGUCGGCAGUUCGCGAACCCAGUAGGUACCUAAAUGCAACAGCGGUCGAACACUCGUAGAACAUCGAGAUUUCCGUUCGUCCGCCAACAUAUUAUAAUAAUAAAUUAUAAAAACAAAACGUUUUUUUUUUUUUUUUUUUUUCGAAUCAUACUUUUUCACCGAAUACGUCUUACACCGCGAAUUUACCCGCUGCAGCUAGCAUAACCGCCCCUUCGUCGACGCUGUAAGAUCGCGAUUGUACCGAGUGUCGCUCGUUUUUUUUUCUCGAGGUUUUAGAGUUUUUUUUUUUAAAGUUUUCUACGCGCUCUCUAUAUAUAUUUUAUUGUUAUCAAACAAAGUUCGCCGACGACUGAAUUUCGUCUUUUUGCUGAAAACCAAUCACCGCCUCAGUGCACCCCAGGUACGUAGUACACGCGGAACCAUUACAUCUCGUCGACGUUUCGCGUAUAUUUAUAGUGUCAUAUACAUACAAAUAUCGGCACACGAUGUUCGGUCGUUCAACGGUUGUCAGGGUUUAGCAGCAGCGGUCACCGAACGUCUGUACAGCUACUGAUUCACAAAAUUACGUCAGGGCGUAAUCUACAACACACAUUAUUCCAUUGAAUAUAUAUAUCGUAUAAAUUUAUUUGAUUACGAUGAUGACCGACAACAACAACGACCUCGGCUGCCAGGACUGGAACUCUGCGCCUCCCGCUGACAGGAAAGUGGUCGACUUCUAUGAUGGAGCGUCCAUAUUCGUCACAGGCGGCACGGGAUUCGUGGGCAAAGCUCUGAUUGAGAAGCUGCUCAGAUCGUGCCCCGGGCUGAAGAACAUUUACUUGCUGAUCAGGCCUAAGCGGGGCAAAGACAUAGAAUGCCGUUUCCAGGAGCUGUUGGAAAAUCCGGUGUUCGAUCGCAUUCGGUCCACAGAUGACGCGGAAAAAGUGUUCGAAAAAGUGGUGUGCAUCAGCGGCGACGUAUCUGACCCCGACCUGGGUCUGAGCGCCGAGGACAGGCAAAGACUGUGUUCCGACGUGACAAUCGUUUUCCACUCAGCGGCCACCGUCAAAUUUAACGAAACUCUCCGCACCGCCGUCACGCUCAACACAUUGGGCACGCAGCGCGUCGUUGACCUGUGCCGGUCGAUGCCAAAGUUAAAGGCUAUGAUUCAUGUUUCGACGGCGUACUCGAACGCGGACAAGGUAACGAUCCAAGAGUCAGUUUACAAGCCACCUGCAGACCCAGGGUUCGUGAUCAACUGCUGCCAGAAGAUGUCUGAGGACGAUCUGCGGGAGAUGGGCCGGCGGAUGCAGGGUAAACACCCGAACACGUACACUAUGACCAAAGCCAUGGCUGAGUGGGUAGUCGCCGAACAAGCGGACGACAUACCAGCAGCAAUCGUCAGGCCCAGUAUAGUGACUGCUGCCUGGAAAGAACCGUUCGAAGGGUGGGUAGACAACAUGAGUGGCAUCACAGGCAUCAUGAUGGAGAUAGGACGGGGCACGAUUAGAAGCAUCGUGUGUGACCAAAAGCUCCGAGUGGACAUCAUACCUGUCGAUAUUCUAGUGAACACGCUAAUAACGUCAGCCUGGCACACGGCCACAUACAGACAAAACGCCGUGCGGGUGUACAACUGCACGUCUGGAGCUUUGAACCCGCUCCGCUGGGAGGAACUAGGCAACCUGUGCCAGUACCACUCACUGACUGCGCCGUCCAAGUACUUGCAGUGGUAUCCGGGCUUCUCGUUCCGCACUAACCGAAUGGUGCACAGAUUGUGCGAGAUACUCUUCCACUUCGUGCCUGCGUUCGUGUUGGAUAUCGUGCUACGGCUCACCGGUUCUAAGCCAAUGAUGUUGAAAAUUUAUCGACGUUUUAAGAUGGCUGCUCGAACUGGCGAAUUUUUCGCACUCCAUCAGUGGGACUUUAUCAGCAAGAAUAUCCAGGAGCUUAACAAAGAUGUUUCGUUUGUCGACCGGCGAACGUUUCCCAUAGACAUCACCCAAGUAGUGUGGGACACAUAUGUAAAGGACUAUGUGUUCGGCAUACGAAACUACGUACUCAAAGACCCACCAUCGACCAUUCCUCAAGCAUUGAGUAAACUACAAAGAUUUUAUUGGAUGCAUAGGAUGGCACAAUGCGCGUUUAUUGGAAUAGUAAUACAUGUCCUCAAAUCAAAGUGAUCAGAAACAAGAUUUUAUUUUUUGUAUAAUAUUAACUACAAGUAUUAUAAUUAUAUAUUAUGUUAUGUUACAUGAAUAGUAUUAAUUAAGUAAUCGAACAUUAAAUUUUUUUUAGAGUUACAUAACAGUUGAUGUAAUAUUCUAUUAUUUUAUGGUUUGCAUAGUAUAAUUUUAGUAAUAAAAUUAAUUUUAUCAAUCAUAUCAUUAUAAUAUGUAAAAAAAAGUUAUAUAUAUAUAUUAUAUAUACCAUAUAAUGUAUGAAUAAAAUACCUAUUAUUGAUAUAAGAUAAUAAUUUUUCGGACAUCAUUAAGAGACACCAAUAAUAAUAAUUAAUAACCGCAGUCUUUUUGUUAUUUUUUUUAAAAAUAAAAUAAAAUAUUUUCCAUUUUUAAACACGGAAUUAUGUAAAUAGAAUUUAAAAUAA